CAGACCACCAUGUUGCCCCGGGUCAUUUUCAUCAGCUUGUUUUUAAAAGCGGCCCAGUCUCAGGACUCGCACCCCUUGCAACCUUCCACCUCCAUCAGCGAGUCUUGCGAUUCCUUGUGCUCUUGCGAGGCCAAGGACGGCAUUUUCUACAUGAACUGCGAGCAGAGAAACAUCAGCUCAAUCUCUCAAAUAAAAGUUCUAUUAAACGUGCCCUUCCAUUUGAACCUUUACAAAAACGACUUAGUCGAGCUUCGCGCCGAAGAAAUGGAAGCGCUGAAGAACGCCCUUUCCAUACACGUCGGGGGCAACAGCCUACAAGAGCUAGAACCGGGGGUCUUUAGCGCUCUGGGUUCGCUGAAAAAACUCCACAUCAAUCGAAAUUUCCUCGUCACGCUCAAGGAGGACACCUUUCAAGGCUUGGGGAAUUUGGAGUUCCUCCAAGCGGACACCAAUUUUAUCCGGGUCAUCGAACCGGGGGCUUUCAACAAACUGAUCCGCCUAAAGGUCCUGAUCCUUAAUGACAAUUCCAUCGAGUUUUUACCAAAUAACAUUUUUCGUUUCGUGCCUCUCACCCACCUGGACCUUCGCGGCAAUAAGCUCCAGACGCUGCCUUACGUGGGCUUUUUAGAACACAUCGGACGGAUUAUGGAACUACUCUUAGAGGACAACGACUGGGUGUGCGACUGUGACAUUUUGCAUUUGAAAAUAUGGAUGGAAAAUAUGAGAGGGCAGUCGGCCAUUGGCGAAGUGGUUUGCAGCGCGCCGCACAAUUUCAAGGGGACCAUCUUAGCUAAAGUCAAGCGGGAAGUUCUCUGCCCGUCCCAUGCCGACAUCAACUUAGAAGAGCCUUCCAAGUCACUGGAUAUGGUUGUGACGCCGUCAUCCAAGGGAGCCCAGAUUCCCAAGUUGACCGACGCCAAAGACGACGCCAAGCAACCCACGCCGUCUCACGUUCCGGGUAGUCCUUGUGUAGAACAUUGUUCCUGUCACAAUUACCCCGCGGCGGGGUUUUUGAUGCAUUGUCAAGACCGAGGAAUUCAAAAGGUUUCAGAUAUCGGAGUGGCUCCGCAAAGCCCGACUAAAUUGGUCAUGACGGGAAAUAUGAUUCAGAAGCUCUACAGGUAUGAUUUUGUUACAUACGACGGCUUGGAAUUGCUCAAUUUAGCCAACAAUAGGAUCGAAUACAUCGACAACGAGACUUUUCUCAGCCUUAGCAGCUUGAAGAAACUGCAUCUGAAUGGUAACCGGAUUGAAAAACUGCACUCCACCAUGUUUGUGGGUCUUCACAAUCUGGAGUACUUGUAUCUGGAAUAUAACCUCAUCAAGGACAUUGCUCCAGGCGCUUUUAAUCCCCUGCCGAACCUUAAUCUGUUGUCAUUAAACAACAACAUGCUCAGCUCCCUUCCCGCGCAGAUAUUCCGCAACGCGCCUCUCACCAAAUUGAAUCUGAGGAAAAAUCUGUUUAUGCACCUGCCGGUGAGCAACGUGCUAGAUCAACUCGACUCAUUAGAGCAGAUUUAUUUAGAGGACAACCCUUGGGACUGCAGCUGUGACUUGUUUAGCCUGAAACAGUGGGUGGAAAAACUGAGGAAAGACACUGUGGUGGGCUCUAUUUUGUGUCACACGCCUAAAAAAGCCACGCAGUCCGAUCUUAGGAGCCUUCGUCACGAAGCGCUGUGCGCCGGUUUGGGUACGAACUCUUUGCUUCCGGAUGGAGAGGAAAGCGCGACUGCCACGCUGGGCCCUGACGGCGCCGGCAAAGGCCUGCUCAGCUCUCUCACCGACACCGUUCCGCUCUCUGUGCUGAUCCUGAGCCUUCUGGUUUUAGUCCUGAUGAUAAUCUUCUGCUCGGCCGGGCUGGUUGUUUUCGUGGUGCACAGACGGCGUCGCAGAGCGAAAAGAAAAGUGGCAGGCGAUCACCCGAGAGAAACUAGCACCAGCAGCCCCAUUCAUUUACAUUACAGCAUGUACGGGCAGAAAACCACGCACCACACGCUGACCCAAAGGCCCGGCUCGUCCACGUUGUACGAGGAAAGAUCGCACAGCCCCGUGGUGCAGAUAUGUCGCAACCCCACUUACUGCUCUCAGCACAAAGACCACGAUAGCGAUCUGGAUUACGGCCUGGACCAAUCCGGCUCGAAGAACCACGUCUGCCGGAGUAUCAUGGAGAAAGAGAACACCUCCCCGCUUACGGGAAACCCGAAGUUGAAAGCGGCGGCCGGGGAAUGCCCCGCCGAGUUUGUUACGCUCGGAGACCCCAACUCCUUGUAUAGGAAUAUUCUGGAGCGGGAGAAGGAACUGCAGCAGCUGGGAAUAACGGAGUACCUGAGAAAAAACAUGGCCCAUCUUCAGCCUGCUGUCGAAAGGCAGGUCCCGGGGCACCAGGAGGAGUUAAAGUUAAUGGAGACAAUUAUGUACUCCCGGCCGCGCAAGGUCAUGCUCGAGCAAACUAAGAAUGAGUACUUUGAACUCAAGGCCAAUUUGCAUAGCGAGCCAGACUACUUGGAGAUUGUAGAGCAUCCACCGGCAUAUAACUGA